UUAGUGGGUGGAGAGCUCAGAGCUAUCUGUGGACCAGGAAACUGACAGGACCAGCUGGGGAUUGAAACCCUGUAAGAGAGCCAGUUGGUCUGGGGGACAACCACCUACUGCUCAGUUACAACAGGCUGCAGCUCCACUCAGGAAAAACCAAGCCAGGACUCAGUGUUACUGCUGCCAAACACCAGGAGUUCUACACCAACCAAACGCUGCAGUGCCUCUGGAACUCAUCAUGUUCUGUGUGGCUUGUCCAAGAACCCUGGAGAUCAAUCAGCAGUCAUUAUCUUCAGAAAUCCUCUCGUUGCUUCAGUUGCUGGUGACUCAGCUAAUCGUAUGGUGACACAUUGUAGUAAGUAAUAGAAUCAGGAGGAAGAUGGGUGGGAAGCAGUCGCGCAGUUUUUCCAGCAAGGAGUUGAAUGAUGUGAAUAUGAGUCAAAGGAGGAAGAGUGUUUUCAGAGACGAUCUGCCAGGUCUGUCCUCGGCUGCUGAGAGGAUCCGCAGACAUACCACUGUGCAUUUUGGUUACAGCAUCCUGAGUCUAGCCAUGCGAGGGCUCGACGAGACUCCAGCUGAGCUGUGGGAACUCAAGGAGCUUCAGAAGCUGAACUUGUCCAUGAACUGCCUGGGCUCUCUACCUCCUGCCCUGGCAGCCCUGGAAAACCUUGUCAUCCUCAACCUUUGUAGCAACAACUUGACCAGCCUUCCCCCUGAGAUUGGACUCCUGAAGAAGCUGCGCGUGCUGUUUGCUUGCCGCAACCGCCUGAGCGAGGUCCCCGAGGAGCUGGGCUCCUGUACCUGUCUGGAGGUCCUAAGUCUGGCCAACAACCAGAUCGCAUGCCUCCCUGACAGCCUGGCAGCCAUGGACAAUCUGACCAAGCUUAACCUCAGCCACAACCGCAUCGCUCACAUCCCCACUUGUGUCUACAGCAUGAAGGGUCUGGUUUUCCUUCACUUGGCCUGCAACCGCCUGGAGACAAUUGCAGACCAGAUCCAGGACUUGGUUAACCUGAAGAUACUUAUUGUGGAGGGAAACAGUAUCCACACGCUGCCCAAGACCCUGUGUUUUAUUGAGUCUUUAGAACUGCUCAAUGUUGACUUCAAUGAUUUGCAAAGCGUUCCAGGGGAGUUGUAUCAGCUGAGCCGGCUUGGGAGGUUGGCCUGUCACCCACUGGAUAAAGGACUUCAUAUUAUCCAUAAUCCGCUUCUCAAGCCAAUUCAGGAGGUGCUGCAAGGAGGACUCAGUGCCCUCUAUAACUACCUCAAACCCACGUGACAGACUACUACAGCAUGUGUUGUAAUUGGAUGAUGGCACGUGGAAGUCAAGGUCACCACAAACGGUCUGACAGAAGAUACGAUGUCUCAACAUGAGAUUUCGUCUGACUGACAGAUGGACUUUUGUACUUUUAGAUGUACGAUACAAGUUUGGAUAUAAAUAAAGAUCUCGUAACUGCUGAGUCAGGUCUAAACAUUUGUUAAUCCACAGCGAUGAGAUCAGGACAAGUCACUCAGCACAGAGAAAUUCACAGGUCCGCAUUUGGGGACUGAUUACCGGCCAGUUGAUCUUAUUUGGCCCGUGGCGAGGGGUAAGCAGAGGGGGUGAGUUCAGCUGCAGAGCACCACUGGCUUUGUCACAUUCAGGUCAGUGGGAUCAAGUGGGUAAGGUCAGUGGAAAGAAUGGUAGAGGGGCUUAAGACGUACAAAACACAGCAUUCUCAUCAAACGUUGUUCCGUUCCACACGGAUCACAGCUGCCUGCAGAUCCCCUGACAUUGCUGAAUGUUGUAACACCAACAACUUGAAAACUUUAAUAAUAAAUCAAUUCCAAAGACAUCAUGAUGUUUUAUUUUUGCCCCGUUACUCAACAAUAACGGGACCUUUGUGAACAAAUUCAAUUCAAAAUAAUGGUAAACA